CCGCCCCCCUCCAAAAUUCCAGCAAGUUAGUGUGAAGUCGACCUGAGGAAACCUUUCUGUCUCUUAACGUUGCCUGCACGAAUGGGGAGAGCCGAAGGUGGUGUGUAUUUAGGAGGGGGAGACAGAAAUGCAGAGAGAAAAAUAAUUUCCUGGAGGAAGUGAAUGUUAUUUCCCGUCAUUAUCCACAACGAUCAUGUUUCAGUCAGCUGUUUCUUUCGGAGCACAUAUGAUCAGGCGGCUGAGAUAGGCCAUCCUGCUGCGGACAGUGGAGGGGCGGGGAAAAGCUGGGCUUUCGCGGCGGCUCGCUACGAGACCGGGCGGUGCUCGUGCACCGAGACGCGGCUUUGAAAAGAAACCGAAGAAGUCGCGAGCUUCAGAGCGGUGUUAGAGGCGCGCGAGAAGUUGUCAUGGAGAAAGAUGGCGAACUCGAGAGAAAGGCUGUGGAAGAACUUCUUACAGAGGCAAAGCGUGGAAAAGCCAGAGCUGAAACCAUGGGACCCAUGGGCUGGAUGAAGUGUCCUCUUCCAGGAGCCAACAAACGGUUUCUCAUCAAUACUCUUAAGAAUACCAUACAGUCGCAACGACAAACGUAUGACUUGAGACAAAGGGAAGAGGUUAAGGAUUCGGCUCUAACUGAGAAGGAACAAAGGAAAAAGGAGAAGCCCCACAAAAAUAGCUUUCAACCCUACAAACAAGGAUCAAAAAUUAGGAUGAAAACUAGAAGGUCUCCUUCUCCACGGGGAAAUGAAUCAAAGAGAAGCAUCAAAACCUACAAGAGUACAAAAGACUAUUGAAAACCUUGUGCAUCAACAGGCGUCUAAGAUGAUUAAACUAUAAAAGCAAGUUCAGGUUAGAGCGGAAGUUAGUUCUUGCUUUAAAGAAUUUCAAACAUUGACCCAGAACAGUAACAACUGGUGAAUACUUGCUUCUUGGACAGCCUUCUAGCACACCAACCAGAUUAACCAAAUUACAUUUCAUGUAAACAUUACACUUAUUUGUUCUAUAUAAUUGCAUUGGUAUUCAAUGUCACAUGAAGUGAAGCAGUAUUUGACACAAACAAAGGUUUGGUUUCUCUCAUCAAUAGUGGCAAAGAAGCAGAAAGUGUAAAAACAAAUGCAGUGAUGUUCUGUAGAUAAAGAAGUUCUUAACAUUCUA